AUGGGUGAUGUGCAUCGCGACGAAGAGGCUUUGGAUGGAACCAUCUACUUUUACUCACCACUCACUACUCCACCUGCCCGUAACAAGUACAUCAAACUAAUUUCAGAUUUGCUUCAAAACACCCCUAUAACGGAUGUUUUUCUUAGUGGCGCCUCUGAUGCUAUUUUAUUGUGUCAGGAUGCGAGAGAAGUCCUUGAGAAGGAAUGUGUUGUGUUAGACAUUGAUAUCACUGAGAAGGAUGAUCUUAUUAUUGUUGGUGAUAUCCACGGUCAAUUUGUAGAUUUACUUCACAGCGUACUCUCUAUACAAGUAAAACAAAGUGGAAAAAAUGAGGGUUCCUGCAAGUUACCACAACCAGAGUAUAAAUUUUUAUUUUUGGGUGAUUAUGUUGACCGUGGCCCUCGCAGUGUUGAGGUAAUAACCCUCUUGCUUGCAUUAAAGAUAGAGUACCCGAAUCACAUAUUUUUACUACGCGGUAACCAUGAGGAGGCGCAGACGUGUCGCAUGUACGGUUUCUUUCAGGAGUGCCGGGCUAAGUUAGAACGUGGAGUGAAUACCAGUAAUAAUAAUAAUAGUAAUAAUAAUGAUAGUGGUGAAAGUAGUGGUUGUGGAAACACGAGCAGCUCUGCGUGGCUGCAGUACAACAUGGUCUUCUGCUGGCUGCCGCUGGCGGCGGUGGUGCGGUGCCCGUCGGGGAUGUUCUUCUGCGCCCACGGCGGUUUGAGUCCGCAGACGAAAUUCAUCGCCGGCCUCAAGUCGCUGCGCCGCCACGAGUACGGCCAGUCGUGGGACGACGCGGCCCUCUUCUACGCCCCCUCCUCGCCGCGCAGCACAGACGCCGGGGCCAUGUCGCUGGCAGACGAGCGAACCGUCAUUGACGGACUGCUCUGGUCCGACCCGGAGGAGAAUGUCUGCGGCUGUCAUAUGAACUACAGAGGAUGCGGAUUUAUCUUUGGGCCAGAUGUCACUCGCGAGUUCCUCGAUUGCAAUUACGGAUAUACAUUUCCACAGAAAGAUAAAGGAGAGACGAACGGGACGCUGCAGUUCAUUAUACGAGCCCAUCAGUGUGUACAGGAAGGAUAUCAAUGGGCCCAUAAUGGUCUCGUACUCACACUCUUUUCUGCACCAAACUACUGUGGAGUAAAUAAUAACAAGGGGGCUAUAGUGAUACUCCGCGGCAAGACACAAGUAGGAAAGGAUCGUGUUUGCUUUGAUUACAAGGUCUAUGAAUCUGCUAGUUCCUAUGCAAGAGAAAUUGGUGAUGAAAGUAAUAUUGAUGAUGAUGAUGGUACAGGUGCUGUAGCCGCUGCACCAGCAGUAGAUGUUUUAAGAUUGUUCAACUACUUCAGAGAUAAAGAAUAG